CACUUCACAUUACUGAGACACAAGAGUGUGUGUGUUCCCAUUGAGCUCUGCAGGCCUCUCCACAAACAGGCACACAUACACACACACACACACACAAAAUAUACUACACCUGCACAGGCUCCCACAAACACACACUCACAAAGACCACCAUAGUAGGCCGCAUUGGGAGAACGGUUAAGAACUAAACCACCCAGGAAACACAAAGAACCAGAGCAGCAAGGGAACCGGAACCCCCGCAACGGAACUGGAACCCCCGCGACAGAGCCUUUUCUGGAGAUAUUUGUUAAGGGUAACCUCAUUGGAGAACGUUUGAGGACUACAGGAAGUAUUGAGGUGCACAGACUGUCCAGAACCAGAAAGGAACUAACUGAAGACAAGUUUUUGGUUGCUGAGACAGACGUCUUGGUUGGCGGUUAGAAGAGAACUGAAGAGAGGGUCUUGGUUGCCGAGGAGAAAAGAAGUGAAGGGUCUUGGUUGCCAGGGGGAACUGAAGAGAAGGGUCUUGAUUGCCGGGAGCAACCUUCCUGGGAGAUGAGGGUUCCAAGCAGCUGGCUGUGUCUCGGGGUGGUGGUUGGUGUCCUGCUGCAGGGAUUCUGGUGUCAAGACAGCACAACGUCAGCAGCCUUCACCGACUUCACAACUGAUUUCACAUCACCAUAUACGGACGCCUCAGCAACACCUGAAGUCACGGCUACAGACGUCACGGCAACACCUGAAGUGACAUCAUCGGUUACAGAUAUCUCCUUGUCAGCAGCAACAGACAUCACAUCAACAGCUGAAGCCACAGGUACGCCUGACGCCACGUCACCAGUUACAGAAGCAACAGCUGACGCUACGUCACCAGUUACAGAAGCAACACCAGACGCCACAUCACCAGUUACAGAAGCAACACCUGAUGCCACCUCACCAGUCACAGAAGCAACACCUGACGCCACGUCGCCGGUCACAGAAGCGACACCUGAUGCUACGUCACCAGUCACAGAAGUAACACCUGACGCCACGUCACCGAUUACAGAAGCAACACCUGACGCCACGUCACCGGUCACAGAAGCAACAGCUGACGCUACGUCACCAGUCACAGAAGCAACACCUGAUGCCACGUCACCAUUUACAGAAGUAACACCUGACGCCACAUCACCAGUCACAGAAGUGACACCUGACGCCACGUCACCGGUCACAGAAGCGACACCUGACGCUACGUCACCGGUCACAGAAGCAACACCUGAUGCUACGUCACCAGUUACAGAAGCAACACCAGACGCCACGUCACCGAUUACAGACGCAACACCUGAUGCCACGUCACCAUUUACAGAAGUAACACCUGACGCCACGUCACCGGUCACAGAAGCAACACCUGACGCCACGUCACCGGUUACAGAAGCAACACCUGACGCCACGUCACCAGUCACAGAAGCAACACCUGACGCCACGUCACCGGUCACAGAAGCAACACCUGACGCUACGUCACCGGUCACAGAAGCGACACCUGAUGCUACGUCACCAGUUACAGAAGCAACACCUGACGCCACGUCACCGAUUACAGAAGCAACACCUGAUGCCACGUCACCGGUUACAGAAGCAACACCUGACGCCACGUCACCGGUUACAGAAGCAACACCUGAUGCCACGUCACCGGUUACAGAUGCAACACCAGACGCCACGUCACCAGUCACAGAAGCAACACCUGACGCCACAUCACCGGUCACAGAAGCAACACCUGACGCCACGUCAUCGGUUACAGAAGCAACACCAGACGCCACGUCACCGGUUACAGAAGCAACACCAGACGCCACGUCACCGGUUACAGAAGCAACACCUGACGCCACGUCAUCGGUUACAGAAGCAACAGCUGACGCCACGUCAUCGGUUACAGAAGCGACCCCUGGCGCUACGUCACCGGUUACAGAAGCAACACCUGAUACUCCUUCUACUGCACUCACCAACCCAACAUCAGCUGCAACCUUCCAAACAUCAGGUUCUUCAGUCUCAACCCUCCUGCCCACUGAUGCCCCCACAUUCUCAACCACACCUCCUGAUGCCCCCACAUUCUCCACCACACCUCCUGAUGCACCCACAUUCUCAACCACAUCUCCUGAUGCCUCCUCCACAUCCGACCCAACAUUCCAAACAUCAGAUGCAACUCUCCCACCUGAGUCACCGUCCACAUCAACUACAACCAUUUCAACAUCUGGCCCAACUCUACAAACAUUUGGUGCAACUCUCCAAACACCAGGCCCCACACUACAAACAUCUGGAGUCGACACGUCAGCUCCAACCUUCUCAACCGACACAGCAGCACCCACACAAGGCCCCACAUCAGCUGCAUCCCCUUCAUCAGCUGGCACUGAGCUGACCACGGCUGGAGCACCUCUUGCCAGCAGCACAGGCCCCACCUCACCUGCAUCAGUUGGCACUGAACAGACCACGACUGGACUGCCGUCUGCUGUUAGCACAGGCCCACCCUCAUCUCCACCUUCAUCUGUGUCAGACACAAUUCCACCAUCCACACCUGAAUUUACAGCUACAUCUCUCCCACAAGCAACAGGCUGUACCCCAGGUCUUACCUCAUCUCCUUCUCCACCUCGUUCAUCCUCUUCUCCACCUCCAUCCUCACCCACACCUUCAUCUGUCCCAGCCACACCUCAACCAUCAACACCUCCAUCAGCAGCUGAAUUUACUGCUACAUCCCUGCCACAACCCACAGGCUCUACACCAGGUUCAUCCUCAUCUCCACCUUCACCUGUCUCACUCACACCUCCACCAUCACCUCCAUCUAUACCUCCACCCACAUUGUCACCGCUUGAAUUUACAGCUGCAUCUCUGUCACAACCUACAGGUCCACCCUCACCUCCACCCUCAUCUGUGUCAGUCACACCUCCACCAUCUACACCUCCAGCAACACCACCACCCACAUCUGAAUCUACAGCUCCAUCCCUACCACAACCCACAGUUGCUACGUCAGGUCCAUCCUCAUCCUCUUCUCCAGCCCCAUCCUCACCCACACCCACAGCAGCACUGUCUGCAUCAUCACUGUCUCCAUCUGCCACACCUACACCUCCAUCUACACCACCACCUACACCUGAUUCGGCAGCUACAUCCCUUUUGCAACCGACAGGUGCCACGUCAGGUCCACCUUCACUUCCACCUUCAUCUGUGUCAGUCACACCUGCACCACCCACACCUGUAUCUACACCACCUGAAUCUACAGCUCCAUCCCAGCCACAACUAACAGGUGCUACGUCAGGUCUUACCUCAUCUCCUUCUCCACCUCGUUCAUCCUCUUCUCCACCUCCAUCCUCACCUCCACCUUCAUCUGUCCCAGCCACACCUCAACCAUCAACACCUCCAUCAGCAGCUGAAUUUACUGCUACAUCCCUGCCACAACCCACAGGCUCUACGCCAGGCUCAUCCUCAUCUCCACCUUCACCUGUCUCACUUACACCUCCACCAUCACCUCCAUCUACACCUCCACCCACAUCUACACCACCUAAAUCUAUAGCUGCAUCUCUGUCACAACCUACAGGUCUACCCUCACCUCCACCGUCAUCUGUCCCAGUCACACCUCCACCAUCAUCACCCACAUCGUCACCACCACCCACAUCUACGCCACCUGAAUCUACAACUGGUCCAACCUCAUCUCCACCUUCGUCUGUCUCACUUACACUUCCAACGUCACCUCCAUCUAUACCUCCACCCACAUCAUCACCACCUGAAUUUACAGCUUCAUCACUGCCUCAACCCACAGGCGCUACGUCAGGUCCACCCUCACCUCCACCUUCCUCUGUGUCAGUUACACCUCGUCCGUCUACAUCUCUACCCACACCUGAAUCUGCAGCUACAUCCCCGCCACAAACAACAGGUGCUACGUCAGGUCCUACCUCCUAUUCUCCACCUCGUUCAUCCUCUUCUCCACCUUUAUCUUCACCUCCACCUUCAGCAGCACAGCCUGCAUCAUCAUCAUCUCCAUUAGUCACACCGACAUCUCAGCCACCACCUACACCAUCAGCUACACCCACAUCUCAGCCACAAUCUACAGCAUCAGGCUCCACCGCGCCCCUACCUAGUUCAUCAUUGGCCCCAGCUGCACCACCUCCAUCCUCCACACCAGGUCCAACAGCUACUCCACCACCAACUCCACCCUCUACAACACCCUCAACCUCCAUACAGCCACCAUCAACCCCCCCAGCAACAGCCACCCCAUCACCCACUCCACCCUCAACUCAAGGCCCAGUCUCCACUCAGCCGCCAGGACCAGGCUCAACCUCUACCCAGCCACCCACAACACCUUCAACUCAGGGCCCAAUCUCCACUCAGCCAUCCUCAACUACAUCCUCAGCACCAGCCUCCACCCAGGCACCUACCCAGCCAACCACAACACCGCUACCACCCCCAGUACCAGUUACCACCCAAACGACUGCGUCCACAGCCGCCCCAGCUAUAGUGACGCUGACGCUCACACUACAACAAGAAUUCACUGCCGACCUCGCUAACCCCGCGUCAGCCGCCUUCCAAAGCCUUGCUCAGGACACCAAGAACCAGUUGGAGCCCAUUUUCAGAGCUGCCUAUCAGGGAUUCCUUGCUCUGAUAGUUAAAGGUUUUAGGUCUGGAUCUGUCAUUGCGGACACAGAACUGAGUUUCAGUUCCGCGUCGUCAGCUCCCAGCACUUCCAGCAUUAGCAAUACAACAGAGGAAGCCAUCGCUGGCGGCAACCUGACACUAAACAUUAGCUCAGUUAGUGUGAAAGCAGGUGCACUCCCUACCACCACCCAGUCAACCCCAGCCUCCUCCACUCAAGGUUCAACCCAAGGCUCCACCAUAGUUCAAACCCCCACUGCAUCUGUCGCACCAGAAUCCCCCACAGCCUCUGCUGCACCAGGGUCGACCGCAUCCCAAACAGCUCCUGGAUCUACCGCGUCUCAAACUGCUCCCGGAUCCACCGUGUCUCAAACUGCUCCCGGGUCCACCGCACACACGUCACCACCGGCUACAGUGUCCACUCUGAAUCCAUCAACACCCUCAGCUGGUCCCACCUUAAAUCCAUCGACACCCACACACACUCCAGACUCCACCUUUAAUCUGUCCACACAUACACCAGGGUCCACCGGUAAUCCAUCAUCUCCGUCCGCUGGUCCCACUUUGACUCCUUUGGCUGGUUCCACCUUAACUCCAUCUUCGCCAGCUCCAGGGUCCACCUUAAAUCCAUCCACACAUACUCCAGGGUCCACCGUGAAUCCAUCAUCUCCGUCAGCUGGUCCUACCUUGACUCCUUUGACUGGGUCCACCGUAAAUCUGUCUCCAGGGUCCACUUUAAUUCCAUCCACACACUCUCCGGGGUCCACCUUAAUUCCAUCCACACACUCUCCAGGGUCCACCUUAAAUCCAUCAACACCCUCAGCUGGUCCCACUUUGACUCCGUCGACAGGGUCCACCGUAAAUCUAUCCACAAAUACUCCUGGCUCCACAGUAAAUCCGUCCACACACACUCCAGGGUCCACCUUAAAUCCAUCCACACAUAGCCCCGGUUCUACCUUGAAUCCAUCAACACACUCUCCAGGGUUCACCUUUAAUCCAUCCUCCCCGUCAGCUGGUCCAACUGUGAGUGCUUCUCCAACGGGUCCGACUGUGAGUUCGGCUCCAGCUGCGUCUCCUUCAUCAGUGUCAGCCCCACAUCAAUCCACACUGGAUAUCUCAACACCUGAUUCUCCAUCCACAGUUGAAUUAUCAACAUUGAUACCUCCAUCUACACUCCAUAUGACCACAUCUGAACUGCCAUCCACAAUUACUGUAUCAACACCUGAGUCUCCGUCCACAAUUCACAUGUCAUCCACUGCUACACCCAUCUCAUCACUACCACCAUCCACGGCCCCAGCGUCCACCAAAUACAUGCAGUCCUCCUCCUCCAUGUCUCCACCCCCAUCAUCUCUGUCUCCAUCUUCACCUCCACCACACUCCACCCCAGAUGCUACGUCAGGCCUGGCCAUAUCAACAGCUCCACCUCCAUCAGCCCCCGUCACAUCUCCUCCACCAUCAUCCACAUCGUUUUCCGAAUCUACACCUACAGCCACAUCCACCCUGCCUCAGCCUACGUCAGGUCAAACAUCACCUCAACAUUCAUCAGCAUUCGUCACAUCACCAUCACCAUCAUCAUCAUCAUCAUCACAUUCACCCACAUCAUCCUCAUCAUCUCCAGAUGCAUCGCCUUCAGCAGCUACUACGUCAUCUCUGCCACAUCCCACAUCAGCUGCUGCAUCAGCAGCUCCAACCACACCUCCACCAUCCACUCAUCCACCUACAGCGCCCGAAACAAGUUCAGCCUCCACACAAGGUUCAACCUCCACCCAUCUUGCAACUUCUCCGUCCUCCACACAUGCUCCAACCUCUGAAGAGUCACCUUCUCCAUCCUCCACACACAGUCCAACCUCGACCCAGCUUCCUACUGUACCAUCAACACAUUCUCCAACCGCCACCCAUGUGUCAACUUCUCCACCCUCAACACAUGCUCCUACCUCAGUGCAAACACCCGCUCCACCUCCACCCACUACCCAACAUUCCACAGCUACAGCCUUGCACUCCUCCUCCUUCUCUCCAGCUACCACCCAUUCGCCAGCGCCCACAGGAGCAACCAACCAAUCACCUGCACCCACAACAGCAGGAACCACCCAAUCAACUGUGACGACAGUAGCCACUAGCCAAUCGACUGUCUCUGCUGCCCUGAGGCUGACUCUGGACCGGGUGUAUAGCACCGACCUAGCCAACUCAGCAUCCACCGCCUAUCAGGAGCUAGAGCAACUUCUCAAGACACAGCUGGAGCCUGUUUUCCGAGCAGAUUACACUACGUUCAUCCGUUUAACUGUAAUCAGCUUCAGUUCCGGUUCAGUCAUAGCUGACACCAGUCUGGAGUUCAGCUCCUCUUCACCCUCUUCAUCGAGCAUCACGACUUCGCUCCAAGACGCCAUUAACACCGGCACAGUAGCAAGUCUCAACAUCCUCACAUUCCAGGUGGACCCAGGCUCCACGACAAGCAACCCAACUACUACAACUGCCCAAGCACCAACAACAACUCAAGGAGCUAACCCCACAACAACUCAAGGACUCAAUCCAACCACCACUGCCACAACAGGCACCCAUGGACCCAACCCGACCACCACCACUGCCACAACAGGCACCCAGGGACCCAACCCGACCACCACUGCCACCACCACCCAGGGACCCAACCCGACCACCACCACUCAGGGACCCAACCCGACCACCACCACUCAGGGACCCAACCCGACCACCGCUGCUACCACAGGCACCCAGGGACCCAACCCGACCACAAAUACAACAACCACAACCACAACCACGACUACAACUACAGCAGCCCCAACUACAGCAGCCCCGACCACCACACUGACAACUACUACCACAUCACCACCUACCACACUGACAACCACCACUACAGCACCACCUACCGUAGCUACUACCACUACAAAACCUCCCACUACUACCACCACCACCACUACUAACACACCGACUACCACAACUACCACACCGACUACCACAACUACCACCACUACCACCACACCAACCACCACCACCACUACCACUACCAAAGCCCCAACCACAACCACUACAACUCCAACCACCACCACCACCACCCCAACCACCACCACCACCACCCCAACCACCACCACUACUACCACUACACCUCCCACCACCACAACUACCACCACGGCAGCCCCCACCACCACACCGGUCCCCAAGCCCAAGGUGGAAAUACAAGUGGUGCUGGUCAUCGUGUUCACCCCGGCACUCGAAGACAACACAAGUCCAGCCUUCCAGCAGCAGGCAGCUGAGGUGGUGGCAGUGUUUGAUGUCAUCUACAGAACCAAAUAUGGGGCCCGUUUUGUGAGGACAAUUGUUAUAGCCUUCAGGCGGAAAAAUCGCUCAGGCACCAGGAUGGACGACGUGGAGACGGAUGUAGAACUGGUCUUCAACGAGGAGUCCACCGAGCCUCUUCCUGAGAGUACCGACAUAGCAGAAACCCUGGUGGAGGCGGUCAGCAACCCCACCUCCAACUUCACCCUGAACGUGGAUUCUACCUCUGUUGUUGUCACAAGUGCUCCGAGGUCCAAACCUAACGCCCAGUUCAAAACCAACGAGACGUUUACAGCCGACCUGACCAACUCCAGCUCCACAGCGUAUCAGGACAGAGCCAUGCUCAUCAAAAAAGAGCUUGAGCCGUUCUUCAUUCAGGAUUUCUCAGGAUUGUUCAUAAGUUUGACGGCCAGGAACUUCAGCCAAGGCUCGAUCAUCCACAAUACAGAUCUGACAUUCACGUCUGGCAACAGCACUCUUCCCAACAGCACGGAGAUAUACAACACCAUGCUGAGAGCUGUCGAAAGUGGAAACCUCACUUUCACCAUCACCUCAAUCGACGGCAUAGCUGUUUCCUCUGGCAUGGCCUGCAGUGUCAACAGUGUCCUCACCUGGACUUUGGUGGGCGGGGCUCUCCUGCUACAGGGCCAGUGGUCGGCUCUGUGAAACGCCACUCGCCAAACCGUCCAAUGACGUGACGUGAAAAUGCACAGAGGACAGACAACAUCUUCUUAAGAAUGAAACAAUUUCUUCACAGUUCAUGCAGUCACUGAACACUUUGUGGACUUUGUGGAACAUAGUAACCAUAGACACUCCAAACACAGAUCUAUUGAAAUACAGUAACAAUGGGGAUAGGCUGAAAUGUCAAAAAAAAAUUCUACUAGAAAAUUGUAACCAAAGAUAUUUCACAGAAGGGCCCAAUGCAAUAUAGAGAAAAUGAUAAAAGACCACAGUAACUGUAGACACUGUGCAUGAAGAAUAUAUAGUAUCUAUAGUAACACUCAACACAAGAACAGAGAUGUAUGAAGUAAUUACAACACUAGUGUAAUUACAACACUAGUUGUGUGAUAUGACAUGAUUUAACGUCUUACUACUAGUGUUGUAAUUACAUAAGAGUACCUAAUUGCGCUUUAUGCAGUUUUAAGAGCUUAAUGACUUAUUUGUAACCCUAGACACUUAACAAGAGCAUAAAGAACAUAUUUAUAAAUAAAGAUGCUGUACAAAGGGGUCUGAUGGAACAUAAUAGUAAUCAUAGUCCAAACCAGGUGCCUAAGUAACGUGCAAAGAGUCCUUAUAUAUUAUACAUGUUUGUUUUCUUUCAGCAAUCUAUUUUUGUGUCUCAUAAUUAUGCAUUGUAUUUAUUCAUUAACGCCUUUUGCAAAUUAUUAAAAGCUAAUGAACACCACUAUUGUGUUGACAGCUUGU